GAUUAUUGAACUUCACCAGAAGAUAUAACGCCUCUAAUCAACAAUGUUACAGCCAAGGACAGCAGUAGCCUUACGGCGCGCUUUUCUUUAUUCUCCAUCGAUCUGUCUGCGCUGUCAAACCCAAAUAACAACUCGUUCGCUCGCACAAUCCUCCGGUCGAACCUUCACCUCCGCGCCCGUUCUCCGCCGGCCAGCGACAGACCCCAAACCCCCCCUCACCGAACCCAAUCCCGACCCAAAAGAUGAAGACAUAUUCAUUCCCAAACCGCUGGGUCGGCCGGUUGGCUUCAAAUCGCCGCCACAAGCAGGUGAAAACGCCGGUAACAUAAAAAUUAAGAAAGAUUAUUCCGGCAUGACACUGAAGCAACGGAACCUCGAAAAGCGCAAAGACCUCGUCGAGAAAUGGGGCUCGAACUACUUCCGGGACUUCAAAAACAUUCGCAAAUACCGCUCUGGCAAGACUUUCAUGGCAAACCCGCGCAUAUUCAAGAAAGAAGCAGCACUAUACUUCCCCAACCUCCACGGCGAAACGCUCGCGGAAAAGAGCGCAGACACAACGCCUGUGCUGCAGGGGAAGAUUACAGUGGUGAAUGUAUAUAGUUCUCAAUGGGGUGAGGCCCAAGCACAAACAUUCACUGGGAAAUCUGUCAACACCGAGCUUCACGACAUCCUAGCGGAAUACCCUGGGAUCGCGCAGAUGGUCGACGUCAAUAUCGAAGAGAACAGCAUGAAAGCAUGGAUCAUAGCGCUCUUCCAGUGGCGAUUGCGGGCUGCGCGGCCAAAAGAAAACUGGGGGAAAUACUUUUUGGUCAGGAAGGGAGUUACUGAGAGGAUUAGGGAGACGAUCGGGCUGUUGAAUGGGAGGGUCGGGUACGUUUACUUGGUGGAUGAAGAGUGUAAGAUUAGAUGGGCCGGGAGUGGGAAUGCCGAGGGGACGGAAAUGGAGGAUAUGAACAAGGGGUUUAAGAAGCUGGUCGCCGAGACAUUGUGAGCUUUGGAUAUACGACGUCGCAUGAAUAGGCAGGAAGCCCCAUGAUGAGGAAUAUUGAAAGCCUCAUUUGAGGAAGCUGUAACCAUACUUGUACAUUAUGAUCGGGGCCAAAAACGCCUUGCAUUCAAGAUACCCAAUAGAAUCAGGAGGAUAUCCAGCCCGCUUGAACGCCGAAAGAGAAUAAUCAAGCAAAUGCC